AUGUCCACCGAAGCCCAAGACCGGGAACUGGCCGGCAGAAAAAGAUCCCAUGGUGAUUUCCUUAACCCAGAGUCAUGCGGGCCCGCAGCAUUCAGGGACUCGGAUCACCUCCAGGCCGACCAUUCAUUGAGCGACAAAGAAAAUGAUGUCCAAGGCACCCCCUUCGAGGCUUUGGCUUCACCCCAGGCAAAAUCCAGUUCUAGCUUGAGUGAACCAGCGAGCAGUCCACUCAACCCCAGAUCGCCCUCUCCUAGCCCGGCCCCGGCGAAUCCCUCGACACCAGCACAACCUACUCUGGCCACAGUUAAAUCAUCAGCACAGAAGGCGACAGCCGGUGAGCCGCCGAAAAAGAAGCGGCUAACUACUGAAGAGAAGGCGGCUAGGGAUGCUGAGAAGCGCACACGGGACGAGGAGCGGGAAAAAAAGAAGCGAGAGAAGGAGGAAGCCGAGAAGCUUAAAACACAACAAAAGGCCGCAAAGGCGGAAGCUGAGAAACUGAAGGCGCAACAAAAGGCCGAGGAGAAAGCUGCCAAGGCCGCUGAGAAGGCAGAAAAGGAACAAGAGAAAAAGCAGCGAGCAGAGGAGCGUGAGAAAAAGAAGCGGGAGAAAGAGGAGGAAGAAGCUAAAAAGGCACGCAGCCAAAUGAGGCUCACCAGCAUGUUCAACCGCACGGCAAUAACCCCUAAAAAGGAGGCUGCUUCCAAAUCCGACAAUGGCCAGUCAACCGGUGCUACGGCGAAGAACGAAGCGAAGGAGACGUCACUUUACGAUCAAAUGUUCAAGCCAUUCUUCAUCAAAGAACAUGUCAAACUGGCCAAGAACUCCCUAGAGAUGGACGAAGAGACAAGAGAGGCCAAAGCCGAGAUUUUGGACGAGUACCUCUCGGGGAAACGCCAACAUCCAACAACAACCUUUGAGCCGCUAGAAGCACUUCAGAUCCCGUACAAGGUCCGCCGUGGGCGUGUUUAUCCGAGCGUCAAGAAGAUCAUGAGCGAGUUUGAAGGACCUUCUACCAGCACUCCUUCCGACCAAACCACAGAAUCGCAGAACGCGCAGAUGAGACACACCCUCGAGGUUUUGAAGUCGGUGCCGAUGAAGUCGAUCAAAUUUAGGGAAGACGUGAGGCCACCAUACAUCGGCACCAUCAGCGGCCUACCGCCAGGUGUGAAGAGCCUCCACAAACUUGCCCGAAAACCGGUCUCCAAAAUUCUUCCCCUAAACUACGACUAUGAUUCGGAGGCAGAGUGGCAAGAAGAGGAGGGUGAGGACGUGGAUGAUUUGGACGAUGACGAGGAGGAUGUGGAGUUGGACGAAGACAUGGAUGAUUUCCUGGAUGACUCCGAAGACGCGGGCCCAGCGAGGAGGGUUUUCUCUGGGGGCAUGGAGCCCGAGAGCUUUGGGCCAUGCUGGGAGAACCGCAAACGGAGCUCGGCCGAGCCGAAAUUGUACAAGUACCGCCUGGAAUUUGUUCUAGAACCACUCGAACACCAUCACAGCAUCGACCCUUUCUCGACCAGCUACUGGGAGUCGCCCAAGCCGAAGGCCGGCACGAGUAACGAACCAUCUGCCGCGUCCGCAUCCACGUCCACACCUGCCACGACUGCCUCUACUUCCUCGAGUUCCGCCCAGGACGCCCGUGCCAACCCGAUGGCACCACCCCCCGCCCCGGCAGAUGCCUUCCAAGCUCUUAACCCUGGAGCAGCGGCGGCGGGUUCUAAGAAGUCGCAGCAGCCGCUACCAUUAGACAUGCAACAGAAACUGAAGGACCUUGUGCGCUCCAUGCCAAACCUCAGCAAGGUCGGCGUGAUCGAGCUGUUUGCGGCAAGUCACGCGGGUUGUUCAAGGAACCAGAUCAAGACCUCGUUUGACGCGAUAUUCGAGAAAUCCGGCAAGGUGUUCAAGGUCAAGGGAGAGUAA